UCGAAAAAAACCAUGUCUGCUUGCUUAGGGCUUCUUCCUCCCCGGCCCCCAGGGCUUUUGAUGCCUGCUACUGCUUGUUGAGGAGCUCGAGGGGCCUCCGGCUAGUCGUGCCUUCAGCCAUCGCUUCUCCGAACUCGGUGCUUAGCGAGGAGGCCUUUAAGGGGCUCGGCGGAUUCAAGGGCUCUUCUUCUCUAGACGAAAACGAAGAUGAAGAGUAUCAGUUUGGAGAGGAUAUGUCGGAAGGGGAUAAGGACGAGCUCGAUGUUUCCAAGCUAGGCUUGCCGGAACAGCUUGUCGAUAUUCUUCAGAAACGAGGGAUUACGCACCUCUUUCCCAUUCAGAGGGCUGUGUUGCUACCUGCUUUGGAAGGAAGGGACAUUAUUGCCCGGGCCAAAACAGGUACAGGGAAAACUUUGGCUUUUGGUAUUCCUGUCAUAAAGAAGCUAACUGAAGAUGACAAAGGCAUACGAAG